CAAGUCUUCUUAUCCUUGGUUAACCUUAACCAAGCAAAUUUCUGCUUACUGGGGGACGAUCUUACACUAACUUCAGUCUGGUGAGAACCAAGACUCCCCCAUAUUUCAUCAAUGGCCUUAUCUAGUCCCCACUUGCAAAAGGUUCUUUUAAACAAAAUUUGCAGUUACAAAGUUACUGCCAAAAAGAGCAUAAUACAGAAGCCUCUUGGAGGAGGUGGAGGUGGAGGUGGAGAGGGCAGAGGAAGAUGCUGCUCUGCAAUUGCAAUCGACGCGCCAGCUCCUUUUACCAGUGUUUCUGGCAUCAGAUGGGGUUCAACUAUGGUCCAAGGUCUGCGUGAAGAGAUGGAAGAUGAUGCUGUCAUCGUUCAAUCGGAUGAUCUUGAUGGCUUCACUUAUGCUGCUGUUUUUGAUGGCCAUGCUGGCUUCUCCUCUGUCAAGUUCCUUAGGGAAGAGCUGUAUAAAGAAUGUGUUACAGCAUUACAAGGUGGGCUGCUAUUGAACAGAAAGGACCUAAAUGCAAUCAGGAAGGCACUACAAGAAGCUUUUGAAAAUGCGGAUAGAAAACUCUUGAACCGGCUUGAGAGUAGCGAGAAGGAAGAUGAAUCUGGUGCGACAGCUACUGCUCUAUUUGUUGGGAAUGAUACACUGAUCAUCGCACAUGUUGGAGAUUCAUCUGUGGUGUUGUCCCGAUCUGGAAAAGCAGAGAUACUAACCAAUUCACACAGGCCCUAUGGAAACAACAAGGUUUCUCUCCAAGAAAUCAGAAGAAUAAAUGAAGCAGGUGGAUGGAUUGUCAAUGGAAGAAUUUGUAAUGAUAUUUCAGUAUCCCGUGCUUUUGGUGAUAUGAGAUUUAAGACGAAGAAGAAAGAGAUGUUGGAGAAAGGGGUUAAAGAACGCAGAUGGUCUGAAAAGUUCAUUUCUCGGAUUCAGUUCAGGGGAGACUUGGUUAUAGCAUCUCCAGAUGUUUUACAGGUGAAUCUUGGAUCAGAUACCGAAUUUGUACUAUUAGCAUCUGAUGGAUUAUGGGAUUACAUGAAAAGUGAUGAAAUAGUAGAUUUCGUUAGGAACCAGCUUCGAGAGCAUGGUGAUGUUCAGAUAGCUUGUGAAGCUCUUGCACGGUUAGCCUUGGAUCGACGGACACAAGAUAAUGUCAGCAUUGUCAUUGCUGAUUUGGGGAGGACUGAUUGGCGAAAUUUAGCAGUAAAGAAACAGAAUGUUGUGUUAGAACUGGGACAAGCUUUAGUGACAAUCAGUUUUGUGUCAAUUGGAAUAUGGCUAUCAACAAUGAUUUUCCCUUAGAAGUUUGAUAGUAAUAUUAGUUAAUUGUAUAUAGUAUUUUUGUAUGAAAAGGAACAUAAAGCUUCAAUUAUACCUUGUACAUUUGCUUGUCAAGGUAAUUAAGUUAUGUAGCAUUUUAGAUAGUAUAUUCUAAAAAUAUGGAAAAUUCCAAA